UUUUUUUUUUUUUGCUACUUCCGUGCAGCUUAAUGCGGAAGACAAACAGGGGAUGAGGAUUCUUGACAAACUUUAACGGACCGAGGCAAGUUUCUAAGGAUUUUGUGCGAACGUUUGACUUGUCAGGUCAAAAAAACAACCAUGUGGCCAAAUCAAGGUCCCCCGCCUCCAUAUGACACACAAAACCCUGCCUACCCUCCUGGCUACAACCCUGCAUAUCCUGGUGCACCUGCACCAGGAGUCUUCCCCCAACCUCCACCUCCAGCUUACCCAGCUGGCCAGUACCCAGCCGGCCAGUUCCCAGCUGGUAUGAACCCAGCCAUGGUACCAAAUGCACCUCCAGGGGCGAUGCCGUACGGAGCUCCAGGACCUUAUCCUUAUCCUAUGGCUCCAGGAGUCCCGCCUGCAGGUGUUCACCCAGGUCCAUACCCAGGUCCAUACCCACACUCUCCAAAAGGGGGUCACCACAAAGGCCACCACAAAGGCCACGACAAGGGCCAUCAUCAUGGAGGGCUAAAUCCCAUGACCGGAGCAUUAGCCGGAGGAGUGGCAGGAAUGGGAAUGGGGGUGGUUGGACAUAAAGCCAACAAAAAGAUGAAGAAGAAGAUGAAGAAAGCUCACAAGGGACACAAACAUGGCAAGUCCUCCAGCAGCAGCAGCAGCAGCAGCUCAGACUGAAGACACCAGUUCACAGUUCAAGACAAGGCUUUCACAGAAAUGCUGCUUUACAAAGGGGCAAACUGACUAUUAACAAGAAACACACAAAAGUCAUACUUAUAUUCCCUGAAAAUGCAGUGUUUUAUCAUAUCUGUUGCUGUGAACAUCUCCUCAGCAUGUUGACUGUAUUGGCAUUCCACUAUGUCUUAAAUUUAUUUCCUUUUUUGUGUGUGUGUGUGUGUGUGUUGUUUGUAGUAUAUGUUCUAUACACUAAUGUACAAACACGAAAUAAUUUGAAGCACUGUGCAGACGACUUUCUUAACGCACUACUUUGUUUUGAUUGUUUGAGAAAACCUAACAUUGUGAUUUAGUCAAAAAAAUGUUAAAUCUGUUUUGAGGAUUAAUUUAAAGGUGGAGACUUAUUGUGUAUUAUAUUGAGUGUAUUUUUCUUUAGGUCUGUAGAUGGUCUAAUAUUCACUACUGUACUUUAUUGCAAAAAAAAAAGUUAUUCUAGCCUACAUUGCUGUUUAUCUGCAAUAAUUGUAAUAGAUAUAAAGCUCUUGAAUCAACCCUGCUCAAUAAAAUGGAUGUAAAUGAAAAAACUAAGCUGUGUC